UAACGAUCACGCGCUGUCUGGACUUGUUUAUCCGACUCUAUUUGACCAUCUCGACUUCAAAACCACCCAAUGUUACGCAGAGGAAUACCCUGGAAUAUAUAUUGCUAUUCUAUGGAAACUUUUGGGAAACUUCCUUAUACCCAUUCGAGUGCUGACCCUGGGGGGCGAUGUAGACUUCUUACAGUUGGAUUCCAUAAAGCGCUCUGACCUGCUGCGCGAAAAGGACAGCCAGGAAAUCAGCAGCCGUGUCGCUCUUGCCGUUGCGAAUCGAGCGAAUCAGUUUUGUGCGCCGAGUGUGGACCCUUCGAAGAAGUUGGGGUCUACUAAACCUCAUCUUUCGAGUUUUGCGGACUCCGUCGUUGCCCGCAACACAGUCUUCAACCUUAUUCUGGCUCCUACCGGAGCUGCUACCUCCUUGGGCCUAUACACCAAGGCACAGAGGGCAGCGGAACGAAAACGCACACAGAUCCUGGUCGUAAUAUUAAUACUGGAUAGAAAACGUAUCGGUUGUACCACUGCGCAGUGUCCAGAUCCAAACUUUGUAAGCUGCUUGAGAGACUUUGCUAUGGGCGGCUUCAGGGCUACUUACGGCCAACUUACGGCUGUGGUGGCUUGGGUGAGGUUCCAGUCUGACCAGUGGUUCAAGAUCAAGGUCGGGUCGGCUGCACUCUUGUUUGUCUCCGUCCUCUCCUUCGUCUCUUUGUUUGGCCAUACAAGUCUCUCUUCUCCCAAAGACGAUCUCUUCCUCAUCGAUGUUCAUGAAGCGCCUUCUUUACCACCGACGCAGCCUAUUCUCAAGCCUCGCGUUUCGGUGAUAGCCAUUUGGAAAGGUCGCGAAAAACCUUAUCUUAAUAAUUUCUUCACGUCAUAUCGCGCCAAUUCGGACGUGGUAGAGCUUUUGUUCAUCAAUAUUCGCGGCGAUGAGGAGGAUGAGUGCGUGGAUUUUACCAAGUGGACUGGUCCUCCUGGCCCGCAGAACAACAUCAAGGUCUAUCAUUCACACUUCCGUCUAUGGCGUGGAUACGUUUUCAAGCACCUGUUGAGUCCAGGUAUUGAAUGGUGGGGGUGGACGGACCCAGACACAUUCGUGGGCAACUUCAAAUCUCAAUUUCCAUGGGACGCGACCGAGUACGACAUCGUCGUACCCGUAGGUGGAGACAUAGGCCUACUUUACAUGCGUGGCCACCUUUGCUUCUUCCGCGCUGGUCGCGAGACUGAGGAGAAGCUAAAUCAAUACGAUCAUGUUUCGAAUAUGGUCUUGUAUUUUAAUCAUCACCGUCCACACUAUGCCGCAGAGGAGUCGGAGUUCUCUGCUUUUAUCUUCCGUGAUCCCCGCAUCACCUUCCUUGUCGUGCCCCAGCUGCUAGUUGACAUACCCAUCCAUCUUACUACGCCGAACACUGCUAAGUUUGGCAACAUUUAUGGAGUGUACUCCAUCCAAUGGCCAUGGGAAGAGCUUCCCACUUCUUUCCCUAAUUACCCUAUGCUCUCGAUGCCAACAAGCCUAUCCUCUUUCGUGCCGACAUUCUCCGCGAAUGGCACGACUUAUCCAAUCGAGCUCUUCGCAGGAAACUGGUCUGGAGGGAUAUGGUUCCCUAAGGAGUUUACGACUUACUAUGAUGUAGAUUGGAACCUUGGCCCGCCAGGUUGUCGAAGAUUUGUCGGCAGAGGUGGUAAACACGCGGGGGGUUCGCAGGGGGUUUGGACGCGUAUAGAGCGGCAGCGAGAGGCCAUCGCUGUGUCUGGCCAAACUGAUUCUUCGGUGGAGGUGAAACUGGCAGAAGGUCUUUAUAUCCACUGGUUUGAAGAAAAGCACAAUGGGCCUUGGUUUGUUAACCUGCCCGACUCGCCCCUCCAGUCUUCACAAACGCUGGUUACAUUCGCCCAGUUCGGUGCGGAGAUCUGGGAUCACGAAAUGGGCCAAACGAUCUGGCGCGGGCUAGGCAAGGACCCAGAGGAGAAGACGAAAAGGCACAAUCGACAGCGUCAAACACCACAUCUUGGACAAUAUCUAUAUCAUCUUUGCAUUCCCCUUUCUGGUGAGCGCCUUUCUGCCAAUGCCAUGUCUUCGUUCGAUGGUUUUUUGACCCGACUACAUCCCGAGCGCUGGAAGAAGCUCAAACUUAUCUCCAUCGCGCUCUUAUUUGUAUCUGGCUUGUCCUUCUACUUGUUGUUUGGCUACACCCCGACCUCCCUCACCUCUUCUGUAAAGCAUGUACAAGUCCAGGAAAAAGCACCUGUCAUUGUAUCCCUCCCAGAACCUGUCAUUGUAUCGCCCCAAGAACCUUCCCUCAACCCUCGAAUUUCUGUUAUAGCCAUAUGGAGAGGAGGCGAAAGACCCUACCUCAACAAUUUCUUCACCUCGUUUCGCGCUAAUGCGGACACGGUGCAGCUUGUAUUUAUCAUUAUUCGUGGCGAUGAGGAUGACGAGUGCGUGGACCUCACACAAUGGACGGGUCCUCCUGGCUCGUUGAACAACAUAAAGGUUGUUUGUUAUUCCUUGAUCGAAUACUGGGCUUUCCACCGCGAUUAUUUUUGUGAGCGUUGGAAAUGUAAUAAAGGAGAAGCCGACCAUGUUCUUCGUGAAAUGAUCGCUCGAGCGCUUGCAGACUCGUACCAUUCCCACUUUCGACUAUGGCGUGGAUAUGUUUUCAAACACCUAUUAGAUCCAGGUGUAGAGUGGUGGGGAUGGGCAGAUCCAGAUACGUUCGUGGGCAAUUUUAAAUCUCAAUUCCCCUGGGACGCAACCGAUUAUGACGUUGUCAUCCCUGUAGGUGGAGACGCUGACCUCCUGUACAUGCGGGGCCAUCUUUGCUUCUUCCGCGCAGGUCACGAAACCGAAGAGAAAUUAAAUCUCUACGACCACGUUUCGAAAAUGGUCUGGUAUUUCAACCACCACCGUCCUCAUUUUGCCGCAGAGGAAGUCGAAUUUUCAGCUUUCAUCCUCCGAGAACCCCAAAUAAAUUUCCUUAUUGUCCCACAACUACUAGUCGACAUACCCAUCCAUCUAACCCAACCCAACACCGCAAAAUUCAGCAACCUCCACGGCGUCUACGCCGCGCAAUGGCCAUGGAAACAACUCCCUACUCCGUUCCCCAACUAUCCCAUGCUCUCACUGCCAUCAAAACCAUCUUCCUUCUUACCGACGUUCUCAACGGAAGGCACAACCUACCCCAUCGAGCUCAUAGCCGGGAACUGGUCAGGAUGGUUAUGGUUCCCCAAAGAAUUUGCAACUCACUAUAAUAUUAAUUGGAACCUUGGUCCUGAGGGUUGGAGAAGAUUCGUUGGGAGGGGUGGAGGAUACGGAGGCGGUUCGCAAGGAGUUUGGACGCGUCUUGAGCCGCCCAGAGAAGCGAUCACGGUUCAUGGCGCAAAAGAUCUUUCGGUGGAAGUGAAGUUGGCAGAGGGUCUGUAUAUCCAUUGGUUUGAAGAAAAACAUAACGGUCCUUGGUUCAAAAUUCUCCCAGAAGUGCCUCUCCUUCCCACCCAAACGCUCGUGACGUUCACCCAAUUUGGUGCAGAGAUCUGGGAUCACGAAAUUGGCCAAUCGAUCUGGCGAGGACCAGGCAAGGAUCAGACUAAGGAAGAGGGCCGGCGGAACACUCGCUCAAGAUCUGAGCAUAGCCGAUCUUCGUUGGGUCUCGCGCAUUGA